AUAGCGCUAAAUAUAAUACGAAUAUAUAUACAUACAUACACUUUUCCCGGACUCGCAUCUUGAUUCUCUAAAAUUCUCAAAAAUGGAGUCUUCUUCUUCAUCAUCAUCCUUAUCGUCUACGGAUAAGGUCAAAUUCCGAACCAAAGUUUUAAACAGACACCUAAACCAACAAAGCAGCCACCCUCCGAUCCUCGAAUCCUCGCCAUGCCUCAGCUACGCGCCGCCGGAGCUCUCCGAAAAGCCCGCCGCUUUCGACGUGUCGGAGAUGCGGAAGCUGAUGGACGGCCACAAUUUGCAGGAAAGGGAUUGGCUUUAUGGUAUUAUCAUCCAGAGCAGGCUUUUCAACCCGAGGGGUAGGGGCGGGAAAGUGUUUGUGGGGGCGGAUUAUAACCAGUCCAUGGAGCAUCAGAGAGAGAUGACCAUGAAGAGAAUUGGGUAUCUCUUGGAUUGUGGGGUUUUUCAGGGAUGGCUAACUGGGAAAGGUCCUGAAGCUGAGCUCAGGAAGCUGGCUCUCUUGGAAGUUGUUGCUCUUUUUGAUCAAUCUCUCAGUGUCAAGAUUGGUGUCCAUUUCAUGUUGUGGGGUGGAGCUAUCCAAUUUUUCGGAACAAAACGCCACCAUGAUAAGUGGUUGUCUGAUACUGAAAAUUAUGCGGUUAAAGGUUGCUUUGCAAUGACGGAGUUAGGGCAUGGCAGCAAUGUUCGAGGCAUUGAAACAGUCACAACUUAUGACUCAAGCACAGGGGAGUUUGUUAUAAACACUCCUUGUGAGUCGGCUCAGAAGUACUGGAUUGGAGGGGCAGCUAAUCAUGCAACACAUACAGUAGUUUUCUCACAACUUAAGAUUGACGGGAAAGAUCAAGGAGUCCAUGCAUUUAUUGCUCAGAUCAGAGACACAAACGGUAACAUUUGUCCCAACGUUCGCAUAACCGACUGUGGUCACAAGAUUGGUCUGAAUGGGGUUGACAAUGGUCGGAUAUGGUUUGACAAUGUGCGCAUUCCUAGGGAAAAUUUAUUGAAUUCAGUGGCAGAUGUUUCUCCAGAUGGGAAAUAUCUUACUGCAAUUAAGGACCCAGACCAGCGAUUUGGAGCAUUCAUGGCCCCUUUGACAUCUGGACGCGUAACUAUAUCAUCUAGUGCGACUUACUCAGCGAAGGUAGGAAUAACAAUCGCCAUAAGAUACUCCUUAACUAGGAGAGCAUUUUCAGUUACACCAAAUGGACCCGAAGUUUUGUUGCUUGAUUACCCAAGUCAUCAACGACGACUACUGCCCCUUCUUGCAAAGACCUAUGCUAUGAGUUUUGCUGCCAACUACCUGAAAACGAUAUAUGUAAAGAGGACACCUGAAAUAUACAAAACCAUACAUAUUGUUUCAAGUGGUUUUAAGGCUAUCUUAAGCUGGCAUAACAUGCGGACACUUCAGGAAUGUAGGGAAGCAUGUGGAGGGCAAGGCUUGAAGACCGAGAAUCGUAUAGGCCAAGCAAAAAGUGAAUACGAUGUACACUCUACUUUUGAGGGCGACAACAAUGUUCUUAUGCAACAGGUUAGCAAGGCACUUCUCGCAGAAUAUGUUGCGUGCAAAAGCAAGGGCAGGCCAUUUAAAGGAUUGGGGUUGGAACACAUGAACGAAUCAUCGCCUCCUGUUAUACCUUCAAAGCUUUCGAGUGAUAUCCUAAGGAGCAUCCAAUUCCAGAACGACAUACUUUGCCUUCGAGAGCGGGACCUUUUGAAUCGCUUUGUUGAUGAAGUUUCACAACGCCAAGCACAGGGCGAAAGCAAAGAAAAUGCUCUUUUGUUGAGCUACCAGCUCGCUGAAGACCUAGGCAGAGCCUUCACAGACCGUGCAAUUUACCAUACUUUUCUGGAGGCUGAGGCUUCUGUAAACUCCGGUUCGCUAAAGAAUAUUCUCGGUCUGGUAAGAUCAAUGUACGCGAUGGCUACUUUGGAUGAAGAUGCUGCGUUCCUGCGAUACGGUUGCUUAACAAGAGAUAAUGAUGGUGCAGUGAGGAAAGAAAUCACAAGGCUUUGCAGUGAACUAAGGCCUCAUGCUCUUGCCUUGGUCACUUCCUUUGGCAUACCUGAUGCUUUCUUGAGCCCCAUAGCUUUUAAUUGGAUUGACUCAAAUGCUUGGUCUUCCAUUUAGCACUUUGUUCAUGUCUAUGGUGUUUUUCUUUUCUUUACUUUUCUA